UUAUCUUUGAUAUAUUCACCAUGAUUCAUGCUGAUGCAUGAUGCAACGAAACCAUCACCAUCAAUUUCACCAUUUCCAAAUACACACGUAACAUCAAAAUACACAGUUAAUUUUCGAACACCAUUUCUAGAGAGGCAGAGAAAGCUCAAUUCGCAAACACCAAAUUCAGCAAUAAACCGUGCCCAAUUCACUUGGAAACUGUAUAAUCUCAAAUUCUCGAUCCCCCAUACAGAUUACUCUCCCUUAUGCGGUUAGCUCUCAAGAAAUGGCUUCUUCAGAGAUAGAGGUGGUGUCAUCGGACUCCAAAACCCAGAAAAACCCUACCGAGGUGCCGGUGGUCGACGUCUUCUCCGCUUCUGCUUAUGGCGAUUUUCUGAAACUGAGAAAGUUUGUCGAACAAGACGGUGCCUCUCUCUCCAACCCUGACGUCCAUGGCUACUACGCCCUCCAUUGGGCUGCUCUUAAUAACUUCCCCGAUAUAGCUCAGUACAUAAUUGAGCAUGGUGGCGAUGUCAAUGCGACUGAGAAUAUACAACAGACAGCGUUGCACUGGGCAGCUGUGCAGGGUGCAAUUGCGGCGGCGGAUGUGCUCUUGCAGAAUGGAGCUAGGGUUGAGGCUGCUGAUGUAAAUGGAUACCGGGCAGCUCACGUUGCUGCUCAAUAUGGGCAAACAUCUUUCUUGAAUCACAUUGUUGCAAAGUAUCAUGCUGAUUUUGAUGCACCUGAUAAUGAGGGGAGGAGUCCUCUUCAUUGGGCUGCAUAUAAGGGAUUUGCAGAUACAGUUAGGUUACUUCUGUUUAGAGAUGCAAGCCAAGGGAGACAAGAUAAAGAAGGUUGUACCCCUUUGCACUGGGCUGCUUUAAGAGGAAAUGUGGAGGCUUGCACUGUUCUUGUUUAUGCCGGUACUAAGCAGGAAUUAACGGUGAAAGACAAUGCUGGUUUUACUCCUGUUCAGAUUGCAUCUGAUAAAGGUCAUCAGCGUGUCGCUCUUUUCCUUGCUAACCAGCAGAGGGCUCACAGUAACCGUUGGAGAGACAAAUUUUGCAGUGGGAAGAUGGCAGAUAUUGGUUUCGCUCCUAUCUUGUUGUGUACAAUAAUCUUUCAAACAAUUCUCUUUAUGAACUCUGUCCUCGCAGCUCCUAAUCUGACAAAGGUUACUGCUGCUGUUGGCCUUUGGGGAUGGGCUGCUAUUUCGUUAGCUGUGGGUUCGCUAAUUAUGUUCUACAGGUGCAGUAGUAAAGAUCCAGGUUACAUAAAAAGAGCAGGGGAAUUCAGCAGUCAUACAGACACAGAGGAUCGUUUGUUGAAUAUUGAUUUGAACAACAACUCUGUAUGGAUGGGAAAUUGGUCUCAACUUUGUCCCACUUGCAAGAUAAUUCGGCCUGUUCGCUCUAAACACUGCCCCACAUGUAACCGAUGUGUAGAACAGUUUGACCAUCAUUGUCCAUGGAUAUCUAAUUGUGUUGGCAAGAGAAACAAGCGAGAUUUUUUUAUUUUUAUCUGCAUGGGAACUUUGACGUCGAUAAUUUCUGCUGCCGUUACAGUUCAAAGGAUUUGGAGUUCAAUGCCAGCAUGGAGAACAGAAGAAACAUGGAUUCAUCAUCUGGUAGUUCAACAUCCUAGUGUUGUUGCUUUUCUGUUUUUGGACGUUAUUAUUUUGGUUGCUGCUACAACUCUGACGGUGGCACAGGCAACUCAGAUAGCUCGAAAUAUCACCACCAAUGAAUUGGCGAAUGCUAUUCGUUAUGGGUAUCUUCGUGGUCCAGAUGGGCGGUUCCGGAACCCAUAUAACCAUGGGUGCAGGAAGAAUUGUGCUGAUUUUCUUAUUCAGGGCCACACAGAUGAUGAUGAAAUUGCUUGGCCUCCAUUGCAGCAAGUUACCAGUUAGCAUUAUGUGCUCUCCAGUGUCUUAGGCCGUGGAUGAUGCUGGAAAUUCCAUCUGUACCUGCUUGUACUUUUUCCCACCAUUUGUUACCCAAUUUUUAUACAUGAAUCCCUGGUCAUUUUACUGGUACAUGCUCCAUUUCCAGUUAGCCAUAUGUACAAUUGAAAAAAAAUGAAAUAGAAGAGAAAUGAAAUCUUUUUAUUC